CACUCAUUUAUGUCAUCUUGUCUGUGGUUGCGCAAGUUGAAGGAAAGGAAUUCGUAGUUAUUUUCGUGAUUAAAUCUUGCCUUAAUUUACAUUGUUUUUCUUUUCUAGCUGCUGAUAUCUAUUACUGGACACGUCGUCUAUCAAGUGUUUAUGUUUUUUCUUGUAAUAAAGUUUUAUAGCAACAAUGGCAGUGCUUGCAGCUGCACAGUUGUUGGACGAGUUGAUGGGGCGACAUCGCAACACAAAUCCUAAUGAAAAGAUAAAGAAACCGAAUUGGGAGGAUCCAGAGUAUUGCAAAUAUUACAUGGUGAAAUUCUGCCCUCAUGAUCUCUUUGUGAAUACAAGAGCUGACUUGGGUGUGUGUCCAAAAGUCCACGACGAUGAAGUCAAGGAGUUGUUUGAGAAAGCGGAGCCUUCGUACAAGAAGACUCAGUAUGUGGACGAAUAUCUCAGGUUCUGCCGACACAUGAUUAAUGAUGUUGAGAGAAAAAUACAAAAAGGGAAACAGAGAUUGGAAUUGAUGAACUCCAAACCUGAAGGUCCACCAAUGACGCAGGCUCAAACAGAAAAGAAUCAGGAGCAGGUCCAAUUGCUAUCGGAGAAGAUUGGUGCUUUGGUUCAAGAGGCGGAGGAGGCAGGCACCCGCGGCGACGUAGAACAGGCCCAGGGACUUAUGAAACUCUGUGAUAGGUUAAAAGAAGAAAAAGAGCAGCUGUUGAAACAACAAGAGAACAGCCAUUGGUCCAUGACUGCGGAACUGGCCGCCGCCCAGGAGAAACAGAUGGAGGUGUGCCCCGUUUGCGGCGCCUUCCUGAUCGUCGGCGACGCGCAACAGCGUAUCGACGACCAUCUCUCUGGAAAACAACACGUAGGGUAUUUCAAACUCCGUCAAGCUUACGAGGAAAUGAAUGAAUCUCGCGAAAAGGAACAGCAAGAGAAAGAGAGGAAGCGUCGGGAAGAGAGAGAGAAGGAACGCGUCUCUCGCGGCGGCGGUCUUGGCUCUGACAGGCGGGAUAGGGAACGCGUCGAACGUGACCGUGAGAGGGAAAAGGAUCGCAGCGAGAGAGGCGACCGGGAUAAGGAGAGAGAAAAGGAUAGGGAUAGUCAUCGGCAUCGGUCAAGUCGCGACGACAAAGGCGGUCGUCACGAAGACCGCGACCGCGAGCGCGAGCGCGACAAAGACCGCGAGAAGGACCGCGAGCGCGACAACAAGGACCGCGAGCGCGACCGCGACCGCGAGCGCGAUCGCGACCGCAAGCAUCGCAAAGAUAGAAGAUCUUCCCAUGACCGGUCGCGCCGCCGCUCCCGCGACCGCCACUAGUGAAUGACUGAGGUAUCACAAAAGCGCCUGAAACCGUUGGCAAACAUGAAGAAUGCUCCAGGCCUCCACUACUGCUCAGGAAAAGAGGUACUUUUGACAUUAAACCAAGCCCUGCUGAAGACGAAGCUCGCGGAAAAAGCUGAAACCGGCGUUCGCCAACGGUUCCGAGGUGACAUAGAAUAGUCACACGUAUUAAUAAGUUUAUAUUAGCAAUUCCAAAUUCAUUAUGAAUGCAUGUAGUCCAAUAACACUGGACAUAAUUUUACCGCUUAGAAAAACUAUUGUAUAAGAUGUAGCUACCUCCGAUGUUUGUUCUCUAGGAAGGUCUCUGUUAUUACUGUUAACCAGUUCCCACUGAGGAGUCAUCAGGUAUUUAUGAUAUUUUCUUUUUUAUUCAUAAUGUAUUGUGAUUGGUUUUAACCUAUGCUUUGUAAGUGUGAAUUGGUAGGACUAUUUUCAAGGAAUAAAUUAUCAAUUGAAAA